AAAAAAAAAAAAAAAGAACCAAUUAAUUUUGGUCAAGUUUGAUUUGGCUUGAACAUUCUGGUUUACAAUGUUUAAUUCAAUUUCAAGGCUACUACUAGUGGUGUUCAUGAUCCUACUACGGUUCACCCGUGGUGCAUUUAUCCAGAACUACCAAUGCUCUGGCAUUGACAUGUAUAAUUAUAACUUUGAAACAUUUGUGGUUGAUGUUGCAUUGGAUGAAGAAGAAAAAAAAUUGAAGUUCUUUAUGAAUACAAAAGUGAUUGAUUUUGAUAACCCGAACGAUCGUGGAGUGAUAGUGACGGACGUGAACUCAACCACCAAUCGAUAUACUACGUUCCAUGUUGAAAUACAAUUUAUGGGGAAUGUAUUUAUUAAUGAAAAUAAACGAUUUUGUGAUAUGAUUGCAGUUAAGAAUACUACUGAAUUUCUGAAAUCUCCUCGUUUUACCGAUGAAGGUGAUGAUGACGAUGGUAAUUCGGAAACUGGCGAUGCGUCCACUGCACAGGCGGCCACGGCUACUGCUGAUGCGAAUGCGGCAAGUGAUUUGGAAACGGUUUCUGAUGAUAAAGACCACCGGCAUCCAAACAUCGGUAAUGGUACCUCGGUCAAUGCCAAAAGAGACUUUCUUGGGAAUUCGUCUUAUGUGUCAAUGGCCCAUUCAAAUUCAAGUAUUGAAACAAUUUUUUCAAAUAAAACCGGCGAAUUAGUUCAAUGUCCCUUGUAUAUUAAUGACUCCAUCAUCUUAUAUUAUGAAGCUGAUAUCAGUGAGCAUUUCCAUCGGUUAGGUUCUUACGCUGCUAGAUUUUCAAUUGUUUCAAAUGAUUUGAAUUCCGACGUUAUUGGUUGUAAUAAAGCUUAUAUUACCCCGGUUCAAUCCGAUUAUAUUUCAGCAUCUUUGUUCAUUGGGGUUCUUUUAUUAUUAUUGAUUACGGCCCUAAUCAAUUUCUUGACGGUUAUUUAUUCGUCCUAUCAAGAAUCUUCCAAUCCUUUCUUAUUCACUGCUUCCACCAUUUGUAAUCGAAACUUAUUGAAACAAUUGGAUGCAACCGUUCAACGAAUUAUCAUUUAUCUUCAAUUUGCUUUAUUCAUGGCGGGAUUGGAUCUAGAUUACCCGGGAUUCUACCAACCUUUAAUUGGUCAAAUUCGUUGGUGUGCCUUAUUAGGUAUUUCUUUACUUGGUAGAAGCUCCGAUUACACUCAUAAAUCUUCGGAUAAUAUCUACGUUACUUUGAAUGGUGGAGGAUUGAAAAGUUUGGCUUUAUACUCAACUGAUCGUUCAAUUCAUGAUGGUUGGCCAAACUUUAUGCUUUGUUUAUUGGCAUGGACUGUUUUUUCAAUUACCGCCCAACAAGUUUUCUUAAUAACAAAGUCAAUUAUUGAUUUUGUAAUUAAAAAGUUUAAUAGAAAUAAAAAAUCCUUACUUAAUGAUGAAAAAAGCCCUGGUUCAAAUUUUAAUUUCACCUUCACUAAAAAUUUAUACUAUAUAUUGGGUUCGAUUCUAAGUUCCUUUUUAUCAGUUUUCGGUUUCCCAUUCUUGAUUUUAACGUCUUAUUUAUUUGACACUGCUUCCUAUUUCAAUAAUAAUCAUAUCUUAGAUGGUGAUAUGAAUGAUUUGUCUCGAGCAGCAUUUGAUUGCUCAGUGGAUUAUGAUGAUUUAUUUAAGCCUCCUACUUCCUCCUUUGGUACCUCUAUCCCAUCAAGUGGUGAAAUUGUCGGUAGUGGUAAUUUGACUGUUUAUCCAAAUGGUACUAUUACUAAAUUAACUCAUACCACAAUCGAUUCAAAAGCUUACUUGGGUGUUCCUAUACCAAGUAUCAUUAUAAGUUCAAUUUGUUUUACUCUUUAUAUUUCAUUGGUUUUAUAUUUCACAUUCAAGUAUUUAAUCACUAUCAAGGAUUAUAAAAUAAAAGGCUCUAAAAAAGUUUCAAGAUUAUAUACUUCAAUGAAGGUCAUCUUGGUUUGGGGUUUCAGUUAUCAUCAUUAUCAUCCAAAUAAAGUUCAUUACGUCAUUUAUGAUUAUAUAUCAUUAAUCAUAAAAUCUUUGGUUAUUGGUCUUUUACAAAGUAAAGGUAUUGUACAAGUCUCCAUUUUGAUAUUAGUUGAAUUUUUUGAUUUGGUUUUUCUAUUUGCAGUUCAACCAUAUUAUCUAGAAUUAACUUGGACAACUACAAGAUGGAUUUUGCCAACCGCUAGAUUAUUUGUUACUGCUUUAUGUAUUCCAUUUAUUAAAGAAUUAGGCCUUGCCGAAUCCACAAAAACUUAUGUUGCGUACGUACAGCUUCUUAUCCAUUUGGUUAUAGCUUUGGUUUUCAUUAUCCAAUUGGCUUGUUGCUCAAUAAGUACGGUGAUUUCUAUCAUAAAAGUAAGAAGAGAAAAGAAACAAUACGCCACUUAUUCAACGGAUGAUCAUGCCAAUAGUAUUGAUGAUUUUAACAAAGAAUUUGAAUAUCAACCAAUGAAGAAUCAAAUUGGUCCUCUAAUGAAACCUGAUGCAAUGGAAUUCAAAAAUGGGGGUGUUAAUCUCAAUGAUAAUGAUAUAAAACUAGAAAAUGAUAAUGAUUAUUAUUAUAGAGGUCAAAAGGGAGCAGCUCUUUUAGAUAAAAAGAAUGACUUUAUGAAACGAGACUUAUCAGGUAAAACCUUGAAAAACCUUGAAUCACCUUCCAAAUCUCCUGUUGCUUUGUACGAUUCUUCACCAAAAGAAGUAAGUUCAGAUGUCGAAUCAGAUAACUUAUCUUUCCAUCAUCAACAACAACGUUCAAAUAUCAGAAAACGUGAAAAUGAUUAUACUGUCAGAGAAGCCGACAAAAUUUACAGAAAAUAUUUUGUGGAUGCUUCCAUUGAUCCAGAAAUUAAAGCCUUAUGGGAUUCAAGAAACAAAUGGUCUGACACAUUGGUAGAUGUUGAUCAAGAUGAUGAACGUCAAAACAACUCUCACAACACCAGUAAACCUUAUAAGCAACAAGCUCCAGUGUCACCAAUCAGCGAAACAUUAUCUUCUACAACAUUGUUUACCAAAUUGAAAAACAUGUUUAAUUCUUUAUCCAACACAACUGUUUCUGGAAAACCAGUUGAAACUAAAGGCUUCCAGGUUUCAAGACCUCGUCCAUUGAUUGUCAAACCCCUUUCGCAACUCCAAGUUCCUAAAAACGAGGAAGAUAGCUUCGAGGACAGUGAUUAUAGCUUUGUGAAUCUGCCUGAUGAUUACACCGCUUUAAAACAACUCCCUUGUGUCAGUGAAAGUAGUGAAAGUAGCGAGACAGCUGGCAAUUCUCCAAAAAGACACAACCCAUAAAUCCCAAAGCAAUCUUUCAACCCAUUAUAACUAGAUUUUUAACCAUUAAUCAUUAACUAAAUUUCACUUCUUCAAUUUUAUUGUUUUAAUUUUUGCUUUUUAUUCAUGAUUUUUUUUUAUUUUAUUUCAAUUCUUCUUUCAUGGUUAUAUAUAUAUAUAUAUUUUGAUUUUAUAUACCCCG